CAGAGCUUUAUUCCGGAACUCCUUGUAGUGAAAUUAGAGGCACUGUUUUAUGUAUGUGGUGGUCCGUAAAUACAGAUACUGGGUUUCGUGUCGAAACUUCGGGACAAUCGUUUUUUCCGACGCUAACAAAUGAGAGCCCGGGACGAAGGUGGUCAGCACGGUGCCAACUGAGUCAUCGUGAGUUUUCUAUAUGGGCCAUCUUCUCUCGAAAAAUGGUAAUCGCCUGAAGAAGAAGAAGAAGAGGAAAGCACAGAAGAAGAGCAAGUGGAGGGACUGCUUCCUGCAGGGGCCGUGCAUGCUCUGCUUCAUCGUUCACGGCAACAGUGACGACGAGCGCCUAGAAAGCAGUGCUGCCCGGCUCGCCGAGCGCUACACCGCGCUGAGCUCGCCUGAGGACUGCGCCCGAUUUCUGUUGUCACCCCCGGAGCUUGCCAUCUGGGAGGGCCCAGGCAAGAGCCUGUUGUCUGCCGUUCCCGCCAAGCUCAUCGCCCCCCCGGUGCUCUUCUGCGGCACCGUGCCCUCCGUUACUGCCGACUACUCUGACAUGGUGUGUAAGCGCAAAUGCGGGGAGCUGCGGCGCUCUGGGCCGUGCAAGCAGCCCCGCUGCGCCUUCCAGGAGGCCCCGGACAGCACUGGGGUGCGGGAUGCCCCUUCCGCCACGGCGCACUGCCACCUCCCCCACUGCCCCCUCCCGUCCUCCUCCUCCCCCUCAGAGAUAGAGGCAGGACACAGCGCGGGUGAUGCAGGCGGCACUGUAGCUGUACUCCAAGGUGGUGGCUCUUCCUCCUCCGCUUCCUCCUCUUCCUCAGGCUGCAAUCAGGAGUACGUUGACACCCCUGUGGAAGGUCGGGACUUGGAGGUAGCAGACACUCCCAGCAUCAACCACCUGCCGUCCUCCAUCCUGCUGAAGGUGUUCUCCCAUCUCUCCGUGAAGGAGCGCUGCCUUGGGGUCUCCCUGGUCUGCAGGUACUGGCGCGACCUCUGCUUAGACUUCCAGUUCUGGAAGCAGAUUGACCUCAGCGGCUUCCAGCAGGUGACCGAUGACCUCCUGGUGAAGAUCGGCUCCCGCAGGCAGAACGUGAUGGAGAUCAACAUCUCGGACUGCCGGAAGGUGCAGGACGGUGGCGUGCGCGCUCUGGCCCAGCACUGCCCGGGGCUGCUGCGCUACACAGCGUACCGCUGCAAGCAGCUGAGCGACGCCUCGCUCUCCGCUGUGGCCGCCCACUGUCCGCUACUGCAGAAGGUGCACGUGGGCAACCAGGACAAGCUGACGGACAGCGCGCUCAAGAAGCUGGGGGAGAGCUGCUCGGAGCUGCGGGACGUCCACCUGGGCCAGUGCUACGGCGUCAGUGACGACGGCAUGGUCGCUCUGGCCAAGGGCUGCCCCAAGCUGCAGAAGAUCUACAUGCAGGAGAACAAGCUGGUGACGGACAAGUCAGUGCAGGCCUUCGCGGAGCACUGUCCGCAGCUGCAGUUUGUGGGCUUCAUGGGCUGCUCGGUCACCUCUCUGGGAGUCAUCCACCUGACCAGGCUGAAGAACCUGAGCAGCCUGGACCUUCGGCACAUCUCGGAGCUCAGCAGCGAGACGGUCAUGGAGGUGGUGCGCAGCUGCCGCAGUCUCAGCUCCCUCAACCUCUGCCUCAACUGGAGCAUCAACGACAGAUGUGUGGAGAUAAUUGCCAAGGAAGGCAGGAGUCUGAAGGAGCUGUACCUGGUGUCCUGCAAAAUCACUGACUACGCUCUCAUAGCCAUCGGCCAGUACAGCAGCACCAUUGAGACGGUGGAUGCCGGCUGGUGCAAGGAGAUCACCGACCAGGGGGCCACGCAGAUCGCCCAGAGCAGCAAAUCCCUUCGAUACCUGGGUCUGAUGAGGUGCGAUAAGGUGAACGAAGAGACAGUGGAGCGCUUGGUCCAGCAGUAUCCACACAUCGUCUUCAGCACGGUGAUGCAGGACUGCAAGCGCACGUUGGAGAGGGCCUACCAGAUGGGCUGGAACCCGAGCAGCUCCACUGCAUCAUAGCCACUGCCGCUGCUGCCCACACACACACAACACACACAUCACACGCACAACACACAUAUGACAUACACAUCAGACACACAUCACAUACACAUCAGACACACAUCACACACACAACGCACACAUCAGAUAGACAGAUACAAAUACACACAGAAACACAGAUAUACAAAGAGACACAGAUGCACACAAACACACACCCACACAGAGAGACACUGGUACAAAGACCCACACACAGGUACAAGCAAAUACACGCAGACACACACAAAUGCAUAUACACCAAAUGGAUGCACCUAUCAACUGAGCAUGCCUAUAGAUGUACUGAAGUGUGUAUGUGGGUAUACACACACACACACAGUAAGGUAAAGUGUAGACGUUAGCAUAAAGACACACACACACACACGCAGGUGUCCCUUUGGACACACUGAGAUGUAGGUGCUCUGAGACUCCUGCACACGCCCCGCCCCCCCCUUCCCAAGGCAUCUAUUCAUCCUCAGCAUCACUCACGCUUACUCUAGCCCUCCACAGACCACACAGGCAUGCCAUCAAUCUUCCUUCUUAUACACCCCAGGUUGCUCUUCAUCUUUUGGUUUCCAUUUUUAUGUCCCCGCUUUAAAUUCUACAUCAGUUCCCACAAACGCACGCGGCACGGCGAGGGAAUGCCGUGCCGUCCACCAGCAGAGGGGGCGCUGUCCGCCAUCAGGGACGUGCCCUGGGCUGCAGUGCGCCUUCAGCUCCUCUGCGAUACGGAACCCCGGAUCCUCACGGACGGCCCCACUGCAUGGCGAAGAAGCCCUGCGACAAGUCGUCACUGUGGCGACAGCAGCGGCAGCUAAACGGGGACGUUCUCAACAGAAACCUUCGUUAAAUGAACACUUUGUGGAGCUACCUGACUAACUCAGGAGUUGCUGUUCUAGGAUCAGUGAGGUCUACUGCUGUUUUUUCAAUAGAGAAAAUUGUCCACUAUUAAUUUUUACUAUGAUGACAUAUAUGCAUUUUCCCAGCCUGUUGUAGAUAUUUGUACUGUAUUCAGUUUUAAAUGACGCACCAGAUAUACACAACCUCACACACACGGAUAUGCACACAUGCACAGUACAGGUUCACAGAGAAGCAUUUAUUUCUUUGUGGGCAUAUUUGGGGAGCAUGCAUUAAACACAUUCUAGCAGUAAACAUGGGGACACUGUUCAGGUGUUUGUUCAGGCGUUCCCCUGCUUCCCCCGUGCAUUUGGCUGCCAGUCAGUGACACUCUUAUGCAAAUCACCAGGGUAUUUUUCUAUGGGGUGUGACUGCAAGGUGUCGUGCUGCUGUCCUGCAGAGGGGGCCAGUCGUCGCCAUGCUUAGACCGCAGUCAGGUCAGGGCGCAGCUCUACCUGCCUCUUCCAGCUGCAGUACCUUUUUGUAUUGUUACUUUAAAGAUCUUGACAUGCUUUGUCUUCUGUCUUUAUAUCCACACCACUGAUCCCCAGUCUGCUCAGGCCCGCGGAUGAGCCUGACUUUUUCAUAAAGACGUGUUGAAAUACCAAGACAUACCGUCACAGCACAGUAGUUUGAUAUUAACUAUUUGCGGUAGCUUGGUUAGAUGAUAUAUAUAUUUUUUUGUUUAGGAAUCACUGCUCUGUGCUUCACCUGCUCAUCAACCCCCCACCCUCGCGAAACUGACUCCCCCCCUCUACAUAAUUGUCCUCCUGCUGAACUCUGAUGAUAUGUAGUAUCGUGUGUAAUUAUGGAAAUAAGAGUUCGAUCAGCAGGCCGAACACUGAAGUCCUUAUGUCAGUGACCCACACAGAAGAACACUAAGCAAAACAGUCUUUUUUUUUUUUUGCUUGUUUGUUUGUUUAACAGAUAAUUAUGACUUUAAGGGCUAUGGAAAAAUCUAUCAAAUCUAAAUAUUAUGUGGGGGUCAUCCUUACAUGGGCAGAGGUAUUAAACCCAGUAUGACCCUCCUUUGCUCAAAUGUUAGACCCCAGGCACUUACCAGCCAAACAGCAGAAUUUAUUUUUACUGUAUGUGUCUUCGCACGCACGCGUGCAUGCUUGUGCGUGCUGCGUGCUGAGAGUAGCCAUGCUGUCUUUGUUAAAUUACAUGUAAGAUUAGCCUUCAAUAAAAAAAUCUGUGCUGAUCUGU